AUGGCCUUGAGGAACCACAGCUCCAUCACCGAGUUUAUUCUCAUUGGGCUGUCUAACGACCCCCACGUCGAGACUCUGCUCUUCGUGCUUUUCUUGGGGAUUUACCUCCUGACCAUCAUAGGGAACCUGACAAUGCUGCUGGUGAUCCGAGCUGACUCCAGCCUCCACACGCCCAUGUACUUCUUCUUGAGUAAUCUAUCAUUCCUAGACCUCUGCUUCUCUUCUGUCACUGUGCCCAAACUACUGGAAGACCUCCUGUCAGAGGAGAAAACCAUCUCUGUUGAGGGCUGCCUGACACAGGUCUUCUUUGUGUUUAUCACCGCAGGGACUGAAGCCUUUCUUCUCUCAGUGAUGGCCUAUGACCGCUAUGCAGCCAUCUGUCACCCACUGCUCUAUGGCCAGGUGAUGAGCAUCCAGCUCUGUGUGAGGCUGGUGUUGAUUUCGUGGGGCCUGGCAUCUGUCAAUGCAUCUGUCAUUGUGCUCUUGGCUAUUAACUUAGAUUUCUGUGAUGCCCAAACUAUACACCACUACACCUGUGAGCUGCCCUCCCUUUUCCCUCUGUCUUGCUCUGAUAUCUCCAUCAAUAUUGACAUCUUGAUCUGCUUAAUCUUACUGCAUGGUCUUGGAACCUUCCUCCCAGUCUUCUUCUCUUAUGUCCGCAUUGUCUCCACCAUUCUGAGCAUCAGCUCCACCACAGGUAGAAGCAAGGCCUUUUCCACCUGCUCCUCCCACCUCAUUGCAGUGAUCUUGUUCUUUGGCUCAGGUUUGGUUCGCUAUCUUAUGCCCACCUCAGGUUCCCCCCUAGAUUUGCUCUCCUCCUUGCAGUACAGUGCAGUCACACCCAUGCUGAAUCCCCUCAUCUAUAGCCUAAAGAACAUGGAGGUGAAGGCAGCUGUGAAAAGGACAUGGGAGAAAUAUCUGCAAUAUUUUAGGUUGUGA